AUGCCCUCAAGAACUUAUGCCAUAGAAGGAGUAAACAAUGUCAGUGAAUUUAUUUUCUGGGGCCUUUCUCAGAGUCCAGAGAUUGAAGAAGUAUGCUUUGUGGUGUUUUCCUUCUUUUACAUGGUUGUAGUGCUGGGAAAUCUCCUCAUUAUGGUCACAGUUUUCAGUGGCAAUCUUUUCAAGUCCCCCAUGUACUUUUUCCUCAGCUUUCUAUCUUUUGUGGACAUUUUCUACUCCUCAGUCACAGCAUCCAAGAAGAUUGUUGACCUGCUGGUGAAGAAAAAACUAUCUCCUAUGUGGGGUGCAUGUUACAAACCUUUUGGGGUUCACUUCUUUGGUUGCACUGAGAUCUUCACCCUUACUGUCAUGGCCUAUGAUCGAUAUGUGGCCAUCUGUAAACCCCUCCACUACAUGACUAUUAUGGACCUGGAGAGAUGCAAUAAGAUGCUGCUGGGAACAUGGACUCUUUUGCUUCUGACCCAGGCCCUGACAUGUAGAGAAGAACUCCUGACACUUCUUCUGUCACUCCUUCCCUUGGUGUGGAAGAUACCUGUCCAGGAACAGCAAGCAACAGAUUUUAACUUGCCGUUGUCAUCUGAUAUAAUCCUGACCAAAGAAAAGAACUCAAGUUUGCAAAAAUCAACUCAGGGAAAAUUAUAUUUAGAAGGAAGUGCUCCUCCUGGUUCAAUCUCUGCAAAAGUAAACCUUUUUCAAAAAAGCAGACGACAGCGUAAAAGUACCCACCGCUACUCUGUAAGAGAUGCAAGAAAGACACAGCUCUCCACCUCUGACUCUGAAGGCAACUCAGAUGAGAAAAGUACAGUUAUGAGUAAGCACAGGAGGUCCCAUGUGCUACCCCGGAUCCUGACGCAGUCUCCUAAGGAAGACCACCUCCUCGCCAAACUUGUCCCCUCUGCAACCAAAGAACAGAUCCUUUCUGACACCAUGACUUUGGAAAACUCCAGAGAAAUCAUCCCGAGACAGGAUUCAAAUGGCGACAUAUUAAGUGAGCCAGCUGCCUUGUCUAUUCUCAGUAACAUGAAUAACUCUCCCUUUGACUUAUGUCAUGUUCUGUUAUCGCUAUUGGAGAAAGUCUGUAAGUUUGACAUUGCUUUGAAUCAUAAUUCUUCUCUAGCAGCCAGUGUAGUACCCACGCUGACUGAGUUUCUAGCAGGCUUUGGGGACUGCUGUAACCAGAGUGACACUUUGGAGAGACAAGUGGUUUCUACAGGUUGGACUGAAGAACCAGUGGCUUUGGUUCAACGGAUGCUCUUUCGAACUGUGGUGCAUCUUAUGUCAGUAGAUGUUAGCACAGCAGAGGCAAUGCCAGAAAGUCUUAGAAAAAACUUGACUGAAUUGCUUAGGGCAGCUUUAAAAAUUAGAGCUUGCUUGGAAAAGCAGCCUGACCCUUUCUCACCAAGACAAAAGAAAACACUACAGGAGGUCCAGGAGGGCUUUAUAUUUUCCAAGUAUCGUCAUAGAGGCCUUCUUCUCCCCGAGCUUCUGGAAGGAGUUCUACAGCUCCUUAUCUCUUGUCUUCAGAGUGCAGCUUCAAAUCCCUUUUACUUCAGUCAAGCCAUGGAUUUAGUUCAAGAAUUUAUUCAGCACCAAGGAUUUAAUCUGUUUGAAACAGCAGUUCUUCAGAUGGAAUGGCUGCUUUCAAGGGACGGUGUUCCCUCAGGGGCUGCCGAACAUUUGAAAACCUUGAUCAACAGUGUAAUGAAAAUAAUAAGUACUGUCAAAAAGGUAAAAUCAGAGCAACUUCAUCAUUCCAUGUGCACGAGGAAACGGCACCGGCGCUGUGAGUAUUCCCAUUUCAUGCAGCACCACCGUGAUCUCUCAGGUCUCCUCGUUUCAGCUUUUAAAAACCAGCUUUCUAAAAGCCCCUUCGAAGAGACUGCAGAGGGAGAUGUGCAGUAUCCCGAGCGGUGCUGCUGCAUUGCAGUGUGCGCUCACCAGUGCUUACGCUUGCUGCAGCAGGUUUCCCUGAGCACCACCUGUGUCCAGAUCCUAUCAGGUGUACACAGUGUCGGAAUCUGUUGUUGUAUGGAUCCUAAGUCUGUGAUUAUCCCUUUACUCCAUGCUUUUAAGUUGCCAGCACUGAAGAAUUUUCAGCAACACAUACUGAAUGUCCUUAACAAACUUCUUCUGGAUCAGUUAGGAGGAGCAGAGAUUUCACAGAAAAUUAAAAAAGCAGCUUGUAACAUCUGUACUGUGGAUUCUGACCAACUGGCUAAGUUAGAAGAGACACUGCAAGGCACCUUGUGUGGUGCUGGCCCUUCCUCUGGCUUGCCCAGUCCUUCGUACAGAUUUCAAGGGAUCCUGCCCAGCAGUGGGUCUGAAGACUUCUUGUGGAAAUGGGAUGCAUUGGAAGCUUAUCAGAACUUUGUCUUUCAAGAAGACAUUGCAAAUCACAUUUGCAAUUUGAUCCAGAAAGGCAAUGUUCAGUGGAAAUUGUAUAAUUAUAUUUUUAAUCCUGUGCUCCAAAGAGGAGUUGAAUUAGUACACCAUUACCAACAACUAAGCAUUACUUCUGUUCAGACUCAUAUGUGUAGCCAACUGAAACAGUGUUUGUCUCAGGAAGUGCUUCAGAUCUAUCUAAAAACUCUGCCUAUUCUACUUAAAUCCAGGGUAAUAAGAGAUUUGUUUUUAAGUUGUAAUGGAGUAAACCAAAUAAUUGAAUUAAAUUACUUAGAUGGGAUUCAAAGUCAUUCCCUCAAAGCAUUUGAAACUCUGAUUAUCAGCCUAGGGGAACAACAGAAAGAUGCUUCAGUUCCAGGUGCCAAUGGGUUAGACAUUGAGCAGGAGUUACCCUCCUUAAGUGUGAGUCCUUCUCUCUGUAAGCAGCAAGCUUCUUCAGAUUCUCCUCGGAGUCUCAGUAAGUUUUAUGCCAGUCUCAGAGAAGCUUAUCCAAAGAAACAGAAGACUGUUCAGCAGGAUGUUCACAUAAACACCAUAAACCUCUUUCUCUGUGUGGCUUUUUUAUGUGUCAGUAAAGAAGCAGAUUCUGAUAGGGACUCUGUCAGUGAGUCGGAAGAUACUUCUGGCUAUGACAGUACUGCCAGUGAACCAUUAAGUCACAUGCUACCGUGUCUGUCUCUUGAGAAUGUCAUCUUACCUUCCCCUGAAUGUUUGCACCAAGCAGCAGACAUUUGGUCUAUGUGCCGUUGGAUCUACAUGUUGAGUUCAGUCUUCCAGAAACAAUUUCACAGACUUGGUGGUUUCCGAGUGUGCCAUCAAUUAAUAUUUAUGAUAAUCCAAAAACUAUUCACAAUUCGUGAUGAGAAACAAGGAAAAAGGCACGGAGAAAUGAGUGUAAAUGAAAACCAAGAGUUAAUCAGAAUGUCUCAACCUGAAAUGACAUCGAAGGAAGGAGAUGUGUCAUCUUCAGCAGCACCAGAACUGGGACAUCUGAAAAAGAGUGCUGACAGCUUGAAUGACUUAGAGUCAGAGCACAUGUUUCCCACAAAUGUAGAGCAGACUUUGGUUACUGAAGCUGUUCCUGGGGAAGCAAAGGCAUUUAUGAAUCAAGACAAUGAGACCUCUCUCCAGAGCAUACGACUUUUGGAGUCCCUCCUGGCCAUUUGUCUUCAUAGCUCCAGAGCCAGUCAACAGAAGAUGGAUUUGGAACUACCUCCUCAGGUGAUGCUUUAUCCUCAGUCCAGCUUAUGUAACAUAUAUGUGUAG